AUGGCUCCAGUUCCGGAGAAUCAGGAAUUUCCCGGCCUUCCUGCAGUGGGAGCUGCUGAUCUCUAUAUUCGAGACACCAGCAAUGAGAACGCCCUCGACAUGUCGCCCUCUCUCAACACCAACUCUCAGUCCCUUGCUGCCCGUGCCGAUUCGACAACAACCCCAAUCCGCGGAGCGGGUACGGUGGACCCACACAGCAUCAAGAUGCAAGGUCUGAUGGCUUUGUUCGCUAUUAUCGGGGCACUAUUCGUUCUGGGAGCAAUCUGGUUCUUUUUCUGGGCCAAAAAUGGAGGAUUCGUGUGGCGGAAGGGCGAUUGGGAUGACUACAAGUCCACCGUCCUUCGACGAAAAGGACCUGAUGGAAAGACACUCAGUAAUGCCACAAAGAGUACCAAGCUCGGCGGUGGAAGUAUUGUUGACAAGGGCUACACCGAUGAUGGAUAUUCUUUUACCAAUGAGACAUACACCGACACAGCGACAACAGUUACUGAAGAGAAACCUCGACGCAAGCGAUUCAGAGAAACCGCAAAGGAAAAGCUCCUCCGCCGCAACAAGCACGAGCAAUGGGAAGGUGCUGAGGAUGAUGAUGUGCGUGCAUACCGUGAAGAGAAGCCUGCUCGCAUCGGUGGUAUGAACCGCGAGGCCGAUGGAACCUACAACGGCAGUGAUUACGACACCUCCGCUCCGCCAACAUCCUACCAACAAAGCGAAAUGAGCGAAGCCCAUGACUUUGCCUACGAACGGCCCCGCCGUCAACGCCGUGAUCCCUCUGGGUUCUCAUUCCAAGGCGGCGAGGACGUCAUCAGCCACACCACUGAAGAGCGUCGCGUCCGUGAACCAUCAACCCGCCGUCACAACCGCCGUCGCGACCGUCGCAGCCAAGCUGGACCACCUCCCGCUCCUUCAUCUCGUACCAGUAGUCCGCGCAAGCAUGACCGCUCCGCUCACCCACACCCUCCCGGCCAUUUCACCGAGCCGCUCGACUUCUCAUCUGCCGGUUCUCGUUCCGAAUACCAGUACUCGAACGUCGAUACUGAGGAUUCCGGUACAAAGAGUUACAAGCACCCCAUUCCAGGGUUGACCAAGGGCUACCGUCGUGACGGCCGCAGUCGUCGUCGCGACAGUCUGAGUGACAGUGAAGGCGAAACUCAGUACUCGUGA